GUUAACCCACGUCGUUACCCGUCGUCUAAAACCAAUCGGAGGAAAAUAACUGCCACGAUUUCGUGUGCAUAACAGUGAAAAAAUGUCGAAGAACUUGACCUGGUGUUUAGUGCGAAACCUUCUGAAGCAGAAUACCUAUCCCUUCGUGAGACAAUUCCCCCAGCAAAUAGUGAAACGUUUCGAACACGCGGAGCGAGUUUCUGCCCCACUGCAAACCGAAAACAAGUCGAGCAUUGAUUAUUGUGAGGUCAAAACGUAUCAGCAGUUCCUGGAGGAAAGCCAAAUAGGGGAGAAACAUUCUGUGAGAGUUCUGAUGAAUCUCCUGGACAUUAGGCGAGAGACUGCAAUCAAAUUCACGAAGGAGUGGAAGAUUUUGAACCAUUUGACUAAGCCUAAACUUCUCAAGAAUUAUCAGUUACUCCGUUCUGCCGGUGCCUUCAGGUCCACAAUUAGACACAAUAUUCAGGCACUCGCUGAUAAACCCGAAAAUAUCCAGUCCAAAAUAAAAAGCCUGAAGAAGAUUAAACUUGAGUUUAAUUAUGGUAUUCCGUUGUUUCAAUUGACUGCUGUGCAACUGAUGUUAUUCGCUCAUACUACUGUGAAGGAUAGGGUUCUUAUUCCUGAUUACAAUAACAGAGUUGAAUAUUUGGCUGAUAGAUUCAAUUGCCACGUGAGUACAAUUUGUACUAUUCUAUGCACUCAUCCACCGAUUUUAAUGGUCAACCUGGAAAAAAUUAUUGAAAUUACUGAUUUUCUAUUGGACGAAGUUGGUAUGAAACCAGAAUAUAUACUUGGCGACCUAGUCAUUUAUGGUUAUUCACUUGAGAACAUAAAAGAUAGGUUGUAUCGAGCCCGACGUGCCGGGAUGGAAGAAAUAAAGCCAUGGCUCAUUCGAUGUCCAAUUUCACAUAUUGAGAGAUGGGAGCAGAAGAAACAGAACUGGGACAACCUCGUCGGUCCCGACACCACCCUCGAGGAACACAUCAGCAAUAUAAUGAAGUGUGAUGUGGAGUUUGCAGCAUCCCUACUUUAUCGAAGCCCAUACAUCAAAUCCCUCUGCAUCUUAAAGCUCACAAACAUACUAAAAUUUCUAGCUAGUGUCGGCUACUCAAUUCAUGAAGUAUACCGUGCGCCGGGAAUCCUGCACAGACUCGAAAGCGCUAUCAGGCACAAGUACGAUUCCUGGGUGGAGGCUGGCCUCGGACAUCCACCCAUCAGCCUUAUGAAUAUUUCAGAAAAACGUUUCGAACAGAAAUUACAAGAGGCGCUUGCGAGGAAAGCGGCCUAUGGUGGUGUAUGAUUUUAUGUAGAGUUUAUAUUAUUAACAAUACAACAAUAAAAUUCUGAUUUCUUUACA